UGUUGUUAAAACUUUAAAGUCUUCAAAUUUAAAAGAGAAUAUUAUAUUCACCAUUAAUGAAUAUUAUGAACUUGGUACCUAUAUAAUAUUAUAAAUUGUAAUGCUGUGGUCGUUUUCUAAUUGAAUUGAAAACUGCCACGAAACUUCCACUGCUCCACUAACUAUUGACUCAAUACUCGAUAGUGCGUUCUUGCCACCGUUGCAACAGUUAUGUGAGUUCUGUGUAGGUGGACCGCUAAAUAAUUUGUGUUACGAAUGUGUCUUGACAUAAACAUUGUGUUUCGGUUCAUUGAAAGAUUGUAGUUCAAUGGAUUACGAGUUCAAAAUUAAAACGGGCAAUGAAAGAGCUAAAGUGGAAGAGCUGUUUGAAUACGAAGGGUGUAAAGUUGGAAGAGGUACCUAUGGUCAUGUCUACAAGGCCAGAAGAAAAGAUGGGGAUAACAGUAAAGACUUUGCUUUGAAGCAAAUUGAAGGUACUGGAUUAUCAAUGUCAGCCUGUCGUGAAAUUGCUUUGUUACGUGAAUUGAAACAUCCAAAUGUGAUAAAUCUAAUUAGAGUAUUCUUGUCACACAAUGAUAGAAAAGUUUGGCUGCUCUUUGAUUAUGCAGAACACGAUCUUUGGCAUAUAAUUAAGUUUCAUAGAGCAGCAAAAGCAAAUAAAAAACCAGUAAUGGUUCCAAAAGGAAUGGUUAAAUCUUUACUGUUUCAAAUCCUUGAUGGAAUACAUUAUUUACAUUCAAAUUGGGUUUUACAUAGAGAUUUGAAACCAGCCAAUAUUUUAGUAAUGGGUGAAGGCCCUGAAAGAGGACGUGUAAAAAUAGCUGACAUGGGGUUUGCUCGACUUUUCAACGCCCCCUUAAAACCACUUGCUGAUCUUGAUCCAGUUGUAGUUACUUUUUGGUAUCGUGCUCCUGAGCUUCUAUUAGGUGCAAGACAUUACACAAAAGCUAUAGAUAUUUGGGCAAUUGGUUGUAUAUUUGCUGAAUUACUAACAUCUGAGCCCAUUUUUCAUUGUCGCCAAGAAGAUAUCAAAACAAGUAAUCCUUACCAUCAUGAUCAAUUAGAUAGAAUUUUUAAUGUAAUGGGCUUUCCUCAAGAGAAAGAUUGGGAAGACAUAAAGAAGAUGCCAGAACAUCAAACUUUAAUGAAAGAUUUCAAACGAUCAAACUAUUCAAAUUGUUCCCUGGUGAAAUAUAUGGACCGGCAUAAAAUAAAACCAGAUAGUAAAGCAUUUCAUUUGUUACAAAAAUUAUUACUGAUGGAUCCAAACAAAAGAAUUACUUCAGAACAGGCUAAACAAGAUUCAUAUUUUCAAGAAGAUCCCACGCCCACUUCAGAUGUUUUUGCUGGAUGCCCAAUACCAUAUCCUAAACGAGAGUUUUUAACUGAUGAUGAUCAAGAUGACAAAGACAAACGACAGCAAGCUACAAAUAUUUUUGCAUAUGACCGUGGACGUUACUUAAUCGAUAGUUCUAACACUCGCGUUUAUAAUAAGAACAAUAGUAUCACGCCUAGAAUUGACAGUAUUACCCAGGACCAUCGUAAUAGCUUAACCAACAACGCUUAUGUUAAUAGUUUGCACAAUUGGCAUGGCUUAAGUCACACUACGCUAGAGGGUGCACAUUCUGAUCAGUCGGGCAGUCAUCAUAGUCAUCAGCAACAACAUGCUGCUAAUCAAAAACGUAUGCGCAUGAAUGGACUUGGUCAACAUCCGAGUGUCAACCCAGGGACAGUGAUGCCACCUACUGUUCAACAACAGCAGCAACAGCAGCAGCAGCAGCAGCAACAACAACAACAACAACAGCAGCAGCAGCAGCAGCAGCAACAACAGCAGCAGCAACAACAACUACAACAACAACAAGUACAACAACAGCAGCAGCAACAACAACAAGUGCAGCAACAACAAUCUCAACAUCCACAGCAGCAGCAACAACAACCACAACAACAGCAGCAGCAACCCCAACACCCUCAACAACAGCAACAGCAACCACAACAACAGCACCAACAACCACAACAACAGCACCAACAACAACCACAACAACAGCACCAACAAGACUUCCAUCAUGUGCCUCAACACCAACAAAUGAUGUACUCUCAAGUUAAUCCUAAUGGGCCUGGUCCAAAUUAUUCACAAAGGUUUUGAAUAAAUUAAUUGAUAUAAUUUUUUGCCAUAUUUGACUGAUACAUUGUAUUACUUACUAACCUUUAUCAAGUGUAUGAAAACUAGGUUGAACAUUAUACCUAAAUAUACGGUGACUAAGGAAUUUAUUCAAACCAUCCAGGUACAAAAAUAAAAAAAUAAAAAUUUGUUGAAGUUCA